GGUCCGAGGCUUCGUCGAGCGUCGCAUUCAGUCUCGCAAUGGCGUUAGUGAGUGUAGGUCGUGUGUUCGUUUGAUUUUACAACAACCCGAGCGGACACCGGCCCAAAAUAUUGGCCUGUCUAUACGUGCUCGAAUUACUAGGUAACAUAUCCCGUAAUUCAUUAUAAGACACGCGAAGCUUUCGCCACAACGGACAGACAAUUUUUGGUACGAUAUCCACUCAGGUCAAAUCAUUUCAAGAUAAUGUUCAUCUCAUCGUAGUUCCUCGGUAGUAUUGUGUGUUUGUGUCAGUGUUUGUGUUCAUCAGUGUAACGUGACAGUGUUGUGAUUGUGAUGGAUCCCGGAUCGCCCUCGGUGCUGUGGUCGCUGCGUCUGAGCAAGCCAGCGACGACUGUUCCUGUGCCGGCCAACGGCGAGCACAGCAAGGCGGAGGAGCGGGCGCAGUCGCCCGUGCUGCCGGACCGGCUGCCGGCCGCGGCGUCUCCCGCCAGCCCGGCGCCGACCAGCCCCGCACCCCCACAGCACCAAUUCCAAGCGGCGCUAGUGGCUGAAAAAUACCUUUUGUUGGAGCAAGUGGAGGGUUCCUCGUUAUGUCGGUGUGUGGACGUGCGCACGCAAGAGGAAUAUGUUUGCAAAGUGGUGUCCAGAGACUGCAGCAGUUUACUCCAAGCGCACUACCGGCUCGACGGACACCCGCACGUCAAUCCCAUACACGAAGUACUAGUCGGCGACAAAAGGGUGUAUUUAAUAUUCCCGCGGUCGCACUCAGAUCUCCACUCAUACGUGCGGGCGAGAAAACGGCUAAGAGAGCACGAAGCUCGCCGGCUGUUCAGACAAAUGGCGGAAACUGUCGCCGCGUGCCACGAGCAAGGCAUCGUUCUGCGGGACCUCAAACUCAGGAAGUUCGUCUUUGCUGAUCCUCAGAGGACGACAUUAAAAUUGGAGUCGUUAGAGGACGCUGUCGUUCUCGAUGACCCCGAAGAAGAUCUGCUGCAGGACAAGCGAGGCUGUCCCGCGUACGUGUCGCCCGAGAUCCUGCGCGCGCAUCGGACGUACUCCGGGCGAGCGGCCGAUAUGUGGUCGCUCGGAGUCAUACUGUACACCAUGCUCGUCGGAAGGUAUCCAUUCAACGACUCGGAGCAUGCGUCCCUGUUCGCGAAGAUAUCCCGCGGGUACUUCGUGGUGCCGGAGUGCCUGUCGUCGCGCGGCAAGUGCCUGAUCCGGUCGCUGCUGCGGCGCGAGGCGUGCGAGCGGCUGAGCGCGCGCGACGUGCUGCGCCACCCGUGGCUGGCGCGCGACCCGCGCAACGAGCUGCCGCCGCGCGCCGCCGCCUCGCACGACCGCCUCGUGCCCGACGUCGACAUGGACGACUGCCUGUAGUGCACCCCCCGCCCCGCGCCCGCGCGCGACCCGGUGCUGGCGCCGGCGUCCGCUGCACCGCGAGCGUCCCGGCGCCGUGGACCUCCGUUGUGAUUCAAAGCUAUUUAUGAAUUUAUAAGUUAUUCCGGCCUAAGUCGCGGCGUGCGGUUUCGCUCGCCGACCCGAUCGGUCGGUCGGUCGGAUCGGCGGUCGGAGCCGCGCCGAGGUCUUCGGCGAGAUUGUACUUUAGAGUUAAGAUCCGCGGAUCGCGGGUCCGGAAGCGGCUGGUCCGCGCCCCGGGCCCAAACUAAUUUAUGAAGUGGAAGCUCGAAUGAACAAUAAGAAUCGUGCGAGCCGUCGCGUCGGUAACACGCCGUCGACGGCGGGGACACUCGUGCGGCUUUUAUUGGCACCGCUUAGUUCUUGCUUUUACGAGCUGUGUUAUAGUCGUAACGUUCAUAAUGACAGAAUAAGUGAGACUGAUACCGCGUCGUCGCGAUGUUGGUACGACAGCGGCGGCGACAGCGGCCGUGCUCUCGAGAGCGCGGCUGAGUGUCGCGAGUCGUGUCGCGACGCAUUCUGUUAACUACUACGAUAAAUUCCUCUAAUGUUAUUGUAAUCAUAUCAAUUUCACGUCAAUAUAGAUAUGUUGCAUUGAAGUUGUUGCUAUAGUGUUAGGUAAAUUACCUAUGUAUAUUUUGUAUUUAUAUAAAAUCGUAUCGUGUAAUUGUGAUCUCCACCGAUGUUAUUUAGCGAUUAUAAUUGAUUGCCAUUAUGUUGUUACGCAGAAGUGAUAGUUCAUGUGUUGUACGUUUCAGUUGCUUCCAUCUUAGAUUUACUUUUAUAUUAUUUUGGUUAUAUUAAAUCGUGAUUGUUCGGCGAAAUUAUUAUUUUGUUAUAAUCUGUAUUCGAAAUUAUUGUUUGAAAUACAAUCGCAUCACCACGUACCAAUGUUGGUGGUUAUAUGGUCAGUGCCAUGUAUUUAAUUAGAGAGAAAUGGAAUAAUUUAUUUGUUUUAAUCGAAGGUGUGAUGACGGCACUACACUUCCUUUUAAAUUAUUACUGCGUUUGGUACUUGGUGUUGAGUUUUUAUUUGUAUUCCGGAAUCAUUUUUCGUUCAUUGAUAUUAACAAUCAACAGUUCGGUAGUGUUGCCGUGUUUUGUUAACAUUACUCGCGAAUCAAUCGGGCCUUAAAUCAUUUUGUUAUUUUCACGGGAUUUUGUUUUUUAAAUCUAUUAAUCAAAGUAGUCAGUCUUUCGGAUUUUCGGAAGCGUGUUGUACAAUAGUAGCCAACUAUGUAAAAUAAUUAUACUAUUACUACUUUAAUUUAUACAAACUGUAAAUAGAGCUAAGUAUAUCGUAAGGAAUAUCAAAAAAAGAAAGAAUGAUAGAGGGAAUAAAAUAAUUAAGAAAAAUAUAAA